AUGUUCUUACAAAUAUUGGCACAUCAUUCAAAAAAUCGUGUAAUUAAAUUCCUAUUUAACCGAUCCGGGGAAACUGUUAGUAGGUAUUUUAAUUUAGUCUUGAAUGGGAUUUUAAGAUUGCAUGAGAUACUUCUUAAAGCUCCAAAACCUGUCCCUGAAGAUUGUGUGGAUGAAAGAUGGAAAUUUUUUAAGUGUCUUGGGGCACUGGAUGGAACACAUAUCCAAGUCAAUGUACCAGCGCUUGACAAGCCUCGAUAUCGUAAUAGAAAAGGGGAUAUAUCUACCAAUGUUUUGGGUGCAUAUUCUAGGGAUAUGCAAUUUAUUUAUGUGUUGCCUGGAUGGGAAGGAUCGGCAUCAAAUUCUAGGGUAUUGCGGGAUGCCAUUUCUAGGAGGAAUGGUUUAAUUGUUCCAACAGGUUAUUAUUAUCUUGUGGAUGCUGGAUAUACAAAUUGUGAAGGAUUUCUCGCUCCAUAUAGAGGGUGUCGUUAUCAUCGGAGUGAAUGGAGGCGUGGAUACACACCUUCGAAUAAAGAAGAACUCUUUAACAUGAGAUACUCUAUGGCAAGAAAUGUAAUAGAAUGGACUUUUGGAUUGCUAAAAAUGCGUUGGGCAAUACUUCGGAGUCGCUCUUUCUACCCAAUAAAAAUUCAAAUUCGCAUUAUAAAUGCUUGUUGUUUGUUACACAACUUUAUUCGAAGAGAAAUGCCUACUGACCCAAUGGAAGAACAAUUAGGCAUAGAUAUGGAAGCACAAAUACAUAGUGAAGAUAUGACAAAUGCUCCCCCUAUUAGUACCAUUGAAGGAAGUGAUGCAUGGUCUACUUGGAGGGAAAAUCUAGCAACUGAAACAUGAAAUGAAUGACUUGCUAAUAGAAACAUGAAUUAAUUAUUUUAGUAUUAGUUGUCUGCUUUCAACAAUUACUUUUUAUUUUGUAAUUGAUAUUGGUUUGAGACUUGAUUGUUUGAUUUUUAGUUUGAG